GGGAGGGAGAGAGAGACACAGCCGCCAGCAGAACUAGAUCAGAUUGCAAAGAUUGAUAGAGAGAGGGUGUUCAGCUAAUAAGAAGAGGUAACGCUCUCUCUUUAAUUUUCCACUUUUAGAAAUGUGACAAAUGACUUCAAGGUGACUAAAGAUUCCUGACUGAAAAGAAGUGCUGAAGCAGUCCAGAAGAUGGAGAUGCAAAAGCUUUUUUUUACAUUGGUAAAUUCCAAGAAACCUUGUUUAUGCCCAACAGCAGAGGACGAACUAAGGACGGAGUGAUUCGGUCAAAGAAAAUAAAAUAGUUCAGUAUUCCAUUGUUUUAGUCUUUGCUGUGAACCGUUUUCGACCGCAGGUGUGUUUCAUGUACGUGCAUGGUAUGUCGAAAGAUUUCCCCCGACUGAUGAAAACAGAGAUGAACGAUGAAGAAAUUCAAAGGGUUUCUGUGCCGGUGGCUCAGAAGGAUGGACUGGUUCUACCCUCAGGGAUCACAGUUGGAGAGACCGGCUCUGGUUGUUUAAACUCAGAGAGAAGAAUGAUGCUUCAGUUUGGCUAGCUGGGAUAUGAGCCAGUAGGAUACUGUGUUUCAGCUCUGAAGUGGGGGAUAAGAAGAACCAGGUGGAUAAUAUAAGGAAGUGGUUGGACCAGAGAACAACGCCCCACAGCCUACCUUCUCCCUGGCUACCACCAGCAGAGAUGGGGCUCUGGCAGUGAUAUCCCUGGGAAGAGCCUCUGACUAAGCCACUACACACCAGGAAUCCAGCACUGCCGACCCACUCCGAUCCUGCAGCCCGGCCCAUGUAGGCAGCAUGAGCGUGGGGCGGAUCAACCGUUACAGCAUUGUGUCGACUGAGGAGGAGGCCUUGCGCCUCACCAACAUGCACGGCAGCGGCGGCACGAACGGCUUCGGCAACGGCAAGAUCCACACGCGACGCAAGGUCCGCAACCGCUUUGUAAAGAAAAACGGCCAGUGCAACGUGCAGUUCGCCAACAUGGAGGACAAGUCGUUGCGCUACAUGUCUGACAUGUUCACUACAUGUGUGGACAUCCGCUGGCGCUACAUGCUGGUGGUGUUCACCCUGGUGUUUGUGCUGUCCUGGCUCGCCUUCGGCCUGGCCUUCUGGGUCAUAGCACUGCUUCACGGUGACUUGGACAACCCGUCCGGAGACGAUAACUUCACGCCCUGCGUCUUGCAGGUCAAUGGCUUUGUGGCCGCCUUCCUGUUCUCCAUCGAGACUCAGUCGACCAUCGGCUAUGGCUACCGGUGCGUGACGGAGGAGUGCCCGGUCGCCGUCUUCAUGGUGGUGUUCCAGUCCAUUGUGGGCUGCAUCAUUGACUGCUUCAUGAUCGGCGCCAUCAUGGCCAAGAUGGCUCGGCCCAAGAAACGAGCGCAGACGCUGCUGUUCAGCCACAAUGCCGUGAUCGCCAUGCGUGACAGUAAGCUAUGCCUCAUGUGGAGGGUAGGGAACCUGAGGAAGAGUCACAUUGUAGAGGCCCAUGUCAGAGCUCAGCUCAUCAAACCCCGGAUCACUGAUGAAGGGGAGUACAUCCCCCUGGACCAAAUAGACAUCAACGUGGGCUUUGACAAAGGCCUGGACAGAAUUUUCUUGGUUUCUCCCAUUACUAUUAUCCAUGAGAUUGAUGAGAACAGUCCGCUCUAUGGGAUUGGGAAAAACGAUCUAGAGACAGCAGACUUUGAGAUUGUGGUCAUUUUGGAGGGCAUGGUUGAGGCGACUGCCAUGACCACACAGGCCCGAAGUUCCUACCUGGCCACGGAGGUGUUGUGGGGUCACCGAUUUGAGCCUGUGCUCUUUGAGGAAAAGAACAUGUACAAGGUGGAUUAUUCACACUUUCACAAGACCUAUGAGGUACCGUCCACCCCGCGCUGUAGUGCCAAGGACAUGCUGGAGAACAAGUUCCUGGUACCCACCUCCAAUUCCUUCUGUUACGAGAAUGAGUUGGCCUUCCUCAGCCGGGAUGAGGAUGAGGAAGAGGAUGUGGUGAACGUGGGUGUUGGCAGUGGUGCCGGUGGGGUCAGAGUUUUGGCCACCCUGAACAGUCCUGAUCGGACCAGCCGACACGAGUUCGAGAGAAUGCAGACCUCCAGGGGACUGGACCAAAGGUCAUACCGCAGGGAGUCAGAAAUAUGACCUCUGUUUUUAGACCUACCUUGGGUCAACUUUUGAUACGUUUUUUUCCUUGCAAGGGUAAAAAUGCAGAACAAUGCAAAGUGCCAUAGGAGAAGUUGACUAAUGUUAUAAGAUGAAAAUUAAAUGAAGUGAACGUUAAAAACAAGCAAGCAAGAGUAUGCAGCUCAUAAAACUGUGGUAAAGAAUGUCUGCUAAAAAGGAAAAGGCCAAUGAAGGACCUUAUUCCUUCAUGGAAACUUGAAUAUCUUUUUGAUAAUGUAAUUUGAGUUGAGAGUGUUCAAUGAUUCAUCAAACAGCUAUAUUUGAAGACAAUAUCUAUUAAUCAUAUCCUAGGUGUAAAUAUUGCUUAGGUAAGUUCUGUUUUGUGUGGAAUAUCAUUUUGGAUUGGACUAUCAAUUUAAAAAUAUAUAUAUAUUAACUUGCUGUUGGGCAGAUAUUAUUAUUUUACAGUUAAAAGCUACCCAUAAAAUUCCUACAUUGCUGCAAUUCACAAUCGCUGAGUCCAGUGACACAGAAAAUACCUGUAGAAGUGAAAGGCAGCAGUUAGAGGCAGCGAGCCAUUCUAUUUUAUCCAACCAUUCAUAUUCUCACAACUUGGACAUCAUUGUAAACCGGUAUGAUAAAUACAUAUCAUUAUGUACUAUUAGAAAAACGUAGUAGUAUGCCCUACACUACAGUAAUGCAGUAAAUUACUUUAUAAGGGUUUGAAAGGAAAGUCUCAACAUUCUCCCAAAUAAUGAUUAACAGGUAAAAAAUAUAUUCCUUGAUUAAACUGCCAGAGGUCAGGAUUAUUAUGACCUCAAUAGAAACUGAAACAACAAAAUGGUUCACAUUUAAAUGUAAUUACAAUCCUUAAUUAAUUUUCUUUUAUUCUCUAACAAAUCUAUGCACAUUGUUAAUGCUAUCAUGGGACAGGAACUGGACAGGGCACUGUAGAAGAUGAGACAAUGUAAACUGACCACCUUAGUUUGGUGAAUUGAAUGAGCAUUGAGGGGCCUUCUCAUAUGUAGUGUUCACCCUCUACCUAAAGAGCAGUUAUUCUACUAUCAAAUCCCUUUUGAUAGCAAGGGUGAAUCCAGAAAGAAAGGGAGUUUACCAGGUCAGUGGAUGUGCAUUAAGUUUUGCUUUACAAAACAAAGUCCUACACAGGGUAUUCAUGUGAGACAGGGUAUUCAUGUGAGACAGGGUAUUCUCUUAUAUGUUAACAUCAUUCAUCUCAUUCUUUUAUCAAUAUGGGCAACCUAUUAAAAAGCCUAUAGAGCCCAAGAAGCCACUGUGUUGUAAGAUGUAGUGUUGCUUUAAUUUCGAAAGAUCGAAGCAAUAGACUUUACAUGAUCAGGUGGACAGCCAAUAUGAAAAGCAAUAAUACUGAAAUGCACCUUUCUGUUGUGUCCUACACAAUUGGAAAUUUGCACAAAGUUAAAUUGGGCUACUCAUGAAACCUACUUGUCUGGUUUAAGGAGUAUUCUUUGGUGGCAGCCCUGUUAGAUAAUGUGCACCACAUCUUUGACACUGAUGUAUGGAGUUACAAGGUUUUGAGUAGAGUAGAGUGUUGCAAUCCACAGACAUCCUUACUUUUUUUGAUUCCUCUGUGAAGUUAAGUUUAGUAGAAUGUUAAAUUAGAGCUGGAAUUGGUGAAACCGAUACGUCCGUUUGUGAUUUUAUUUCAGCCAACAUAAUAAUGUACAUAAUUGCACAUGCAAUAGAUCAGUAUGUCCUUUGCCUUUUUAAAAUGUUGACAGGGCCAACCUGUUGAGCUGUUUCACAAUGCAGAUUUCAGCUUCAUUAAGUAAGUACAACAGUUUGGCAAAGGGAUCGAGAGAGAGGUGUCCAUCCUAGACAGGUUUGCAACAUUCGCUCACCAUUUUAAACUCAAUUUUAGCAAACGUAAAAGUAUUUUUGGCCCUCAUUGGCCUUCUACAGAACAUCCACAAGAAGAGAAUGAACAAGAUCUAAUGGCAGAAAUGUUUUGUACGGUGUUUUUCUAUCUGAAAGCAUAGCUACUAAAACUACAUUUGCAAUAUGUAUUGGAUAAUGAUGCUUUGGAUUGGAAAUAUCCAAAACAACCAUCAUUGGGAAAGGAAAAAAAAGUGUAUGAAUUUUAAUAGUCUAGGUUUGACUUAAAGCACAAUAUCAAUAUGAAAUUGUGAAAAUUCAAAGAAAAUAAAGGUCAUAUUUUAGUA